AUGGACAUCUUAACCAAUCUGGGCCUAUUCCCAAUCCUAAGUCAGCCCCCUCCCUAUAUCUUAUUGGGCCUCCCAACCUGGCCCAACACCCCAUCAAUUCAACCUCAACGCAUACAUCAAACCAGAUCCACCCAACCCGUCCACUUCCUGCUACUACACCCCGAUCAUACAACACCUCGACCCCACUUCCGGCGGUGGCAGCCACUGCCCCUGCUCCGGCUCCGAUACCGGCCAGCGACUCCGGCGCUGGCCACCAUCAGGUCGCCGGAAUUCAAAUUUCGGCCGCCUAGUGACCCCUCUAUCUCUAUGGAGGAACCUCAUGAGCUGAGGUCCCCUCCUGCCUCCACUCCCGUAGUUGGAUCAGAGACUUUCCCUACACCCUCUCCAGCGAGUGAGCAUUUGGUGGUGCUCACCACCAGACCCUCCUCUCCGUCCACAAUUGCAGCCCUUUUGACCCGACCCUCUAACAUCCCCUCUCCUCCCCCCAAGAGUCGGGACACACACCUACCCAUGACCGGGCUCUGA